AUGGAAGAGCAUGUGAUAGGCUAUCAAGAAACUAAAAAUGGUGUUCGGUAUGCUAUUUAUUCAGCUUUAGUGUUAACUAAAAGUCAAUGGUAUGAUAGGCCAGUAGCCUUAAUGGCAGACAAGUUACUAGAGCAUAUUACAGUGUCUAGGAAAUGGAAUCAGAAUCCUUAUGUGCGCUUGGGAACAACUUCUGAUCUGUUUUUAUACCAUAACCAUCCUUUAACCAGCAUUCGGUUGUGCGGGCUAGUGAUGGGAUGGAAAUGGAAACUAAUAGGUCAAGAAGAACGGGCAUUUUGGUCACUUGACGAUUGUUCGAGUACGAUUUUAUGUCAGUGCAGCAAGAGUCAGCUCCUGGCCCUUAAUUUACCGUCAAUGGAUUUGAGUGGAUGGACCAUAAUUGUAACUGGGAAAUUACUUCAAGACCGUUUCGAGUUCAAGGUUAGUAACAUUGAAGUGGUCCUGAGUUUACAGCAGGAAAUAGCGUUUUGGAACCUCGCAUUUACCAAUCAGAAACUGUUGGAACAGCCGUGGGAUGUGGGAGAGUCGGAAAUCUCAAUUACCCCACGUAGAUCUCGCGAAGCUUUCGACGAUGCGAACAACACAAAUUACAUUCAACAGUUACAGACGCUACAUUUCCAAGAAAACGAACUUCUAUUGGCAAGUCCUUACACGGAGGCUGAUGUGUCGGGUUUGGGUGCAUGGAAUUCGGAUCUUCUGAACUCCACUCUUGAACACGAUUUAGAAGAUCAUCAAAAUCAAUCUUCAGGAAAUCUAUCCUCUAAAACGAUACGUCAAUCAACAUUAGCGUACCUCAUUGAAAAGUCAAUGGAUGAGGACGAAUGCACAAUACAUGAAAUUGCUAAUCAUGUAGGUGUACUCGUCGCAAGCGCAUCACUUCAGCAUUAUUUGAACCAAUUAGAAGAUUCGGAAAUAGUCUCACAGGAUGAUGGCGUAUUGGAGCUCAAAAAUUUGCAACAUUGCUAUCGAUACAUAAUGUUUCGAUUCCAGUCGCUAAUCAACGUUCAGAUCCCUCACAUCAAAAUAAAAUACGAGCAAAUCAAACAGUUCUGCAACCUUCACAAGCUUCCAAACAAACUUAUACUCGAUAUUUGCAAGUAUUUCUUCAACAAUACACACAUCGGCAAUUUAAUCAAUUGGUGGAUUGAGCCUGUAUCGGAACAGAGCUUUCAGGUGCACUUUACAUAUGCUUCAGACCCUGAUCCAAACCAUGAAGGAUUGCGGUCUGCUUAA